GUGUGUGUGUGUGUGUGUGUGUGUGUGUGUGUGUGUGUGUGUGAUUCCCAGGCUUCGUGGGAAAGCUCCAGCGGCAGAGGAGGAGGAGGAGAAGCAGGAGAAGGAGGAGAAGGAGGAGAAGGACUCACCGGUCAACAGUCCAGUCUGCAGCCGACACCCAGGCCACCUGUCCCGGACUUCUGGCCGGACACGCACCGCUGAGAGAAACCGGAACCCUGUGAAACUAACGUGACUUUUAUUUGGAGAAAACGUUUUUUGUCUCAGGAACCUGACCCCGUGGAUUAACCGCACACGCUCUUAGGGCACAUUAACACCAGAUCAUCAGGACCCACCGGGUUUCGAUCAUUCAUUCACUCCGGUCUGAUCUCCGGUCAGCAAAUUCGCAGGAAUAAAAGAAGUCUUUGAAACCUUCGCGUCUCCUCCCGGGACAGACGGCCACAUUUUCGCGCCAACAACGCGCUAUGAAGCGGCCGUGCGAGGACAGCAGCUCCGCGGAGAGCGAGGUAGAGGAGACCAUCGACGUGGGCAGCGAGAACAUUUAUCCGGGACACAUGAAAGAAUCUUUGGUAAGAUGUGGCUCUCCAACCACGACGACGCAAGUGAUGGCGAGGAAGAAACGCAGAGGGAUUAUCGAGAAGAGACGCAGAGACAGAAUCAAUAACAGCCUGUCGGAGUUACGGAGACUUGUCCCAACAGCAUUUGAGAAACAGAGUUCAGCUAAACUGGAGAAGGCAGAAAUCCUCCAGAUGACUGUGGAUCACCUGAAGAUGCUGCAGGCCACAGGAGGAAAAGGUUAUUUCGACGCCCACGCUCUCGCCCUGGACUUCCUGUCUCUGGGCUUCAGGGAGUGCGUGACUGAGGUUUCCCGCUACCUGAGCGCUGUGGAGGGGCUCGACUCUGGCGACCCACUGCGCUCCCGUCUUCUCUCCCACCUUGCCUCCUGUGCCUCCCAGCGUGACGCCGCCGCCCUUACAACUGCCUCCCAUUCGUCACACCACCCCCAGCAGCCCCACCCCCUGCCUCACCCGUUCCACCACCCGCACCAUUGGGCGGCUGCUUUGGCCGCCUUUCGUCCUUUGCCCUACAGACUUAGCGGGCUGGUUUCUCCAGACGUUGGAGGAGGCGGAGGCUCCCAGCGCGGUGUUGUCUCCUCCUCCUUUUCUUCCCAUGCAGACUCCACCUCCUCCUCGCCUUCUUCCUCCUCUUCCUCAUCCCUCUUGCUCCCCUGCACCCCCACCCCUCUCUCCGCCUCCCUGCUUUCCCUCUCAGCGUCGUUUCCCAUCGCCCUCCACGGAGGCAUUCCCAUCCUCCCUCACUCCUCCUUCACCUCCUCUGCUGCCAGUCCUCCCGUCUCCUCCUCCUCUUCCUCGCAGACUCCACACAGCAGCAGCGGUAAACCCUACAGGCCGUGGGGAACCGAGGUCGGAGCUUUCUGACUGUGUGCUGCUCACUAACCUCUGCUGACAGUUUAACAGCCUGGAAAUGUUUGAGCUCCACGGCUGGUGUUAGCAUCUCGUUAUUAACUUCUUGGGGAUGUUUGUGACUGACUUCCACCUGCUGCUUUCACACACUGGCUCGAUUCAGAACAGGAACGUGUGGUUUGUCUCCUCUGAGCAAAGUUUUCAUGUUUCAGCUGCUUCAAACUCACAAAAACUUUGUUGUUUAACCGAGAUAAGUCAGGUUAAAUAUUGUUUAUUACUAAUUUACCUCAACCCCACAUAUACAAUGCUACUUGCCCAAAUGCUCACUAAAAGGUGAGAUGUGAAUGAGUCUGCCACUGAAAAUAGGUCCCAACAGAUGCCCAGUUUCCUCCUGUUUGUUAAAAACUAGCUUAUUGUUCCAGUUUUUAAAACUGAGAAGCUACAGACAAGACGCCAGGUAAUGCUGCUUAUCACAUCCCAUUGCACCGCCACACACCAGGUGUUUUUUCACUUUGAUGCACCUGCUGUGCGUUCCACAUCAGGGGGCAGCAGGGCCGGGGUAGGCACUGGUCUCAUGUGUCAGGUUUAACAGCCAGCAGGCUGUGGUUGGUGUUUCUACUUCUGCUUCCUGUAUUUAAAAUACAGCCCUUCACAGCAGAAACCCUGUACGCUGAAAAACGGCUGUCAGCGUGAGGGACACAUAACCAAGCCGCACCACCAGCUUACUGUGCACCCGGCCGGGACGCUUGAGUUUGACUCUUUGACUCUCUCAGCUGCAGUUUGAUGGUGUUAAAGAAAUCUGUCCACACAGGUAUGAAGCUCCAUCUACAGGUGAUUAACCACAGACUCCAGCACACCAGCGUCUUUUAAAGCAAACCUGACACAAACUCACGUUCACGUUUAACCUGACUAACACAAACGGACUUCUGUCGUAUUUGAUCGUUUUGAUGGAGAAUCUAUGAAGUGACAGAAAAGUGUUCCCCAGAGCUCAAUAUUAAAUAAAUAAUAUUGCUAUUUGAUUAUAUGAAAUCUUCUUUAAAGGUUAAAAAAGGUGAACUGUCACUGAACUUUGAGCCAAAUGUCUCUGAUACCUUGUGUGCCUUGUACAAAUAAAGACGACUAAACAGAUUUGCUGCUGUAGUGAAAGCUCGAGUCGUGACGUCUUUUUCUUAUUUUAUUUAUUUAUUUUUUUAUAUCUAUAAUUAAAUUGUGAACCGGGCUCAAAAACAGCAGCUCUGCCACUGUUUUUGACUCUGACGUGUCAGGCAGCGUUAAAGUCUGUAAAAUGAUUUUUCUGCUUCAUAAAAGGUGUUUUUUUGUGUACUGACAAGCGUCUCCAAUAUUUUUCCACCAUCAUGUGUGUUAAUAUGGUGGACAGAAUAUUCAGAAAUGUGUUUGCAGUAAAGAGUUUAUGACUAUUUUUUAACAAAAAAAUAAGAAACAACUCUCAGCAGUUACUGAGGGUUAGUGUUCAGAGAGAGAUCUCAGGUAAGGCAUGAGAUCUCUCACAAUGUAAAUGCCACCUCAUAACGUCAUAAUUACCACAGUAAUGAGGUGGCAAUUACAUGCAUGUUUCAUCAUUGUGUUUCACUGAACCAUAAAGAGACUUACUGACAAUAAAAAGACCAGAAAAAAUUAAAAACGAUCACAAAAUGUAAAAAAGUAACAGAAAAAUUUCCUUAAAUAGACACAAUGACAAACACGUAAGCUACCAUGAGAGAAAUAAUAUCCUUAGUUAUUUGACAGAAAAAGGCACAAAAACAAAAGAAAAUGACCUCAAAAAGACACAAUGACUAUAAAAUGACCAGAAAGUAGCAAAAACAAUACAAAAAGACGCUUUAAAAAUUCCAGAAACAAAUCCAAAAAAUUGGCCAUAAAGGGCAAAGAACAAAGAGACAGAGCUGCAAAUAUACACCAGAAAAACAGCAAAAUGACAGAAAAAUGCAACGACAAAAACAACACUUCUACCAGGAGUCACAAAAUGAUGGUAACCAAAAACAAAGAGAAAAUUACUCCUUUCACAACAUGAGAUGAAAAAGUUCAGAGAAACCAGAAAGACACGAGGAAAGGACCGUAACAAAACAAUCCUGAGACAAAGUGACAUGAAUACAAAGACGCACAAAAAUGAGACAGACUAUCUUGCAGAGACAACCCUACAGUGAGGGGGGAGGGGCUUUUACAUGUGUGAGACCAGGUGAGCUGACUUCACCUAUUCAGUCAGGUCACGUGAUCUUCCUCAGGGCUGGACAAAACAGCAGGUCGUCCACCACAAGGCAAACGUUUUUACCUCAGUAUGAUGGCAUGUGUGACCAACCACACU